UUCGUUGUUGGCGAUAACGCUGUUAGAAAUCUGCUGAACGGUUCUUUUUAAAAAAUUGUAAAAGAUCAGUUGCGAAUAUUAACUACAGGUUUUUUUGAUAGAUUUGAAUGGCGAUGGGAACGAAUCCUUGUGAAUUGAAACCUUUGCCAGCUUCAGCUGAAGAUUUUAAGGAGGAACUGAGAUUAUUUGAAAACCUUGAUCGAGACUCCGACCCACCACCCAGAGCAAAGCUUUAUCACUGCCUAUUUUCAAGUGCAAAGAUAAAACGUCCAUUUAAUUCUGCCAUGAUUUUGUUGGUAGGAAGUACUGGGGUUGGAAAGUCGUCUACAAUAAACCAUUUGCUUGAUACAGGAGAAGGAAACCCUGUUGCGGUCACCAGUAGUUCUGAGUCCGAAACUAGAACGACAAGUGAAUAUGUACUUACCACUGACAACCCAGAUUACGAGGUUUGUGAUUUAAGAAUGAGUGUUAUAGAUACACCAGGUUUCAACGAUAUUGCUGGUGUGAAGCAAGAUGCUUGUAAUUUUGUUUCCAUCAAAAGAUUUUUCCAAACGCACCCAGAUUUACCAGAACAGCUUACUUAUCCGAAUCUUGUCUUUUUGGUGGUGAACGUGCUUGAUACCCGGAUCAAGAGUGAGAAUAGCAAUCUUUCCAAAUGUCUUAGAGGGAUAAAAUUUCUUGAAGUGGUUGACAAAAGUCAUUCAAAUCUUGUUGUGGUUGUAACACAUUGCUGCUCUGUUGGGUACCGGAAUUUGAGUAAAUGGAAAGACAAGAUGAAAGAAAGGAAAGAUACCAUUUUAACUAUCGUGUUUGAAGUGCUUGGCGUGUCAGCACCUGUCGUAUUGAUAGAAAAUGACUUCGAUGACCAUGAACUUGAGAAACUGAAAGGUGAUUUUACAAUUCUUCCGAAUGGCGAGAGACAGCCUAAGAAUUUAUACGACGCCUGUGCGAAGCUUCUUCGUCGAAAUAAUGAUCAUUUUGGCCUCUUAGUGUUUAAUUCUUGUUUCACAAGAGCUAAAAAGGACAGGCCAACAGAAGGUCAUAAAAUUAUGGCGAAAGAUUCUCGAAGUGAAGAAUUGUCUGAUGAAGAGGACGAAUUUUCAAAUGCUUUUAGCGACGCUGCAAAAGGAGGUUUGAGUCCAAUCGCCACUUGUGUGAUGAAAUAUGUUAAAGAAAACAAACUCGACAAAACACAAGAAGAGAAAGUUUCAAAACUUGGGAACUGGAUGAACUCUAUGGGUUUGUUAAAGGAAGGACGAUUACAGUCUGUAACAUUGGCAGCAAUAAAUUGUCUUUAUGACGGAGAGAUUUCCGACCAUUGUAUCGAAAUGCUGAAACAAAAAUUUGGUAUUAAAAAUGAAAAGAAUUCAUGUAUUCCAGCUGAACUGGUUGGUCGAGGAUAUAAUAUCUUAUUGGACAACACCGUGUCCUCUGAUAUUUUCGAGUUUUCAGCUGUGAAUGAAACGAAGUAUGGUUUUAAUAUCCCUAGUUGUGCUCAAAUCAUAAAAGUUAAUGAGACGCAGGAAUUUCAAAGGAAAUUUCAGUCCGAUGAAUUGUUCGUAGAGAAUAGAUUGAAAAAUCUCGGCGUAAGUCUUGAUAUUGCACAGAGCAUGUUGAAAAUGGCACCUAACUUCAGAGCGAGUGCAAAUCAGAAGGAAAAUGGCAGUAACAAGUCUACGAAGACCACGAAUAUAUCGUUGACAGAACAUCGAAUUGUUAAGAUUGUUAUUGGAAAUUUUGAGUCGCAGGAAAUCUCCUUCACCAAUAAUUUUGUGUCCGCUGUUGGGAAAUUACCUGACCAAUAUACAGACGACGAAAAAUGCAGAGAAGCGUUUAUGAAUUUUUUCAAUCGUUUCGGUCAUUUCGUGGUCACUUCAGCUUAUGUUGAGAGUGUAAAGAAGAUUAUCUUGGAUGCAACAGAAACACGGUGGUAUGGAGGCCGGAGGGACCUGCAUAGCAAAAGCACACUACUCUCUGAAGAUAAAUUCCUGGAGUGGAAGUUGUCCCUGUCCAAAGAACCAGUGAUGCUGGCAACUGAAAUGAAUCUGGAGAAUAUUUCUUCUGUGGUCGCCAUCAUUGAUGAGAAGAAGGGAGAAGUUUGCCAUCAAGCACUGCGUAAUCUUUUUGAUGAUAAAGAUCUACAACCUGUUCGUGGUGAAAAAGAGAAAUCUCAAUUGGAGGAAAGAAAGAAGAAAGAGGAAGACCUCGAAGAGCAACGUAGAAAAGAAUCAAACACGAGAGAAGGUUCAACAAUAGAGCCAGAUAUUAAGGGAUGGUGGAAAACCACCACAGGAAAUGUUUACGCAGUUGGUGGAGUUCUUGUGGCAAUAGGUGCUUUUAUUGCAGCUAUACUCCUUAAGCGCUGA